AUGCACAAGAGCCCACGAAGCAUGGAGAAUUCAACUGAUAACUGCCGCAGAAUUCCUCCGCGAAGUAAAUUCAACGACGAGGAAUCAACCGCAGUUUUGCGGCUGAUUGUAGAGCAAGAACGACUGCUUAAAAACCCCGCAAAUCCAGUUUUAAACAUAAGCAGUGACAAAUUGAAAAGACUUCCUCCUUUGAAUGGAAAAAUGCAAGAUUCUCUCAGUGAUUCCGGUUCUGAUUCAAACUUCGGAUUCGAACCGCAUCGGACUCAGAGAAAACACAGAUCUGUAGAGGGCGACGUGGUCCUCAGCAGACCGACACUUCUGAAAGGAAAAGAAUUUCGUGGAAUCGAGGAACUUGCGUCCCUUGGCAAGCCGAAAGUUCCAGACAUUUACAGCACACCGAAAAUCGCGCGGCCCCGAGACCGCGAGCGGCCACGCGCGUCUUACGGACGAAAUUCUCAAAACCGUAGUAACGGCACCAUAGCAAUUCCACGAGAUAAAAGCACUGAGGAAUAUCACAGUUUCUCUUCGACGGACGUUGCUUCGGACAGGCCGUCAAAUCCCACGCCAUUAGAACACGAACAUAACUUGAGUGAAGAAAGAGAAAAUACUUCGAGAACUUCAUACAAUCAAAAUAUAUGUUAUGACAGUGACGAAGAUAAAAUAGAUACUACAGAGGUCUACGCUUCGUACAUCAACUGAGACAAAGGUAUCAGUGGUUUUUCAGCGAUGGAAUACUCAAACAAGGCUCACGGAAAGAUGAUGCUCGUCUCUAUUUUAUAUUUCCUUUUUAAUUGCCUCUUCAGUUUCAACAUUUUGCUUAGUAAACUGCUUAUACAUGGUUAGGACAGAAAUGCGACCUACGAUACUCUUUGUCUUACGAAAACUAAAAUUUGGCCUGCCAUUUUAAAACCAAACGGGUAAGAAAAUUAUACAACAUUAAUUUAAUUCUAGAGUAACGCAAGUAUAUUUUUAUACGUAACAAUAAAUAAUACUGUUUGACAAUCAGUCCGAGACGAAAGCUUUCAUCUACUCGAGCCAAGUUGGCAGUGGAGAAAGAAAAAUAAAACAAGCGCCAACUUAGGUUUAGUUCGUUAAAAUUAACACGGAGAACAUCUUUCGCCUGAUAUUACAUCAUUGAGCGAUUUAAUUAAAAUAAGCACAUUCCAGGAAUUUACGAACGUUCCGAUCUCCUUCCAAUAUCCCGACAGUCCGUAAUUAUUUUUAUUUUUUUCCAAAGCAAAUAUCGUUGAUAGGAAUGAUAGGAGUUUUCUGCCAAAAGAAAAACAUGUCAAAAACAAAGUGUUCGUAUGUCCUAGUCUUGCCAGUAGGCAUUCUAUCAAGAAUGUCACUAUCUGAUAAAAGGUUUUUUUUUUUUUUUUUUU